UGUUGCCUCAUUUCCUGAGUCUGCCCAAAGACAGGGAGAUACGGGGACACAGAGCCAGUGAGAGAGCGCCCUAGGGAAAGAGAGGGAGAGAGACAGACACGGAGGGGGAGGCUGGUUCCUGAUACCAAGACAAGGAAAAGCAAGGGAGGAACAGAGAGAGAAAAAAGGGCUGGCGGAGACCGGGAGAGAGGGGGAGAAAACAGGGGAAGAACAUUUAGAGACACCAAAGGCGUAGGGGAGGAAAGAAUAGAAUACUGUGUUCUUCUGAACACCCCCCCCUUUUUCUUUCUCUCUUUCGCGCAGUCACACCAGAUUGGACUCCGAAGAAUCUACACCGCGUCUACCCCAGACCCCAUGGGUUAACAGGAAGUUGCUGUUUUCAGGCAGAUCGCCGAUUAUACAAGUCAGUAUUUGACGUCCAUUUAUGUCUGAGGGCGUCGGGAGAUUGCGUGGACACCGGCCACUAGGGGCAACAGUGAGCGCUGUUACCUUCAGACUGUAUCCAGGAGAGGCUUACAGGUCAGCUAACCAAAUGAAUAGCAACAGGAAGGAGGACAUGGAGAUAGCGUCCCACUACCGGCAGCUCCUGCGGGAGCUCAACGAGCAGCGGCAGCAUGGCAUCCUGUGUGACGCCUGUGUCAUCGUGGACGGGAAGAUCUUCAAGGCCCACAAGAACAUCCUCCUGGGCUCAUCGCGCUACUUCAAGACCCUUUACUGCCAGGUGAAGAAAGGGGCGGAGCCGCAUCACCAGACAACUGUCACUCACCUGGACAUCGUCACAGCGACGGGCUUCAAGGCCAUUCUGGACUUCAUGUACUCGGCCCACCUGGCGCUGACCAGUAAGAAUGUCAUUGAGGUGAUGUCAGCCGCCAGCUACCUGCAAAUGACCGACAUUGUCCAGGCCUGCCACGGCUUCAUCAAGGCCGCGCUGGACAUCAGUAUCCGCUCCGAACUGGCCGACGAACUGGCCGACUUUGAGACGGGGGCUGCCGCGGGCGCUGGUCUAGGGGGAGGUGGAGGAGGAGGUGGGGGAGGUGUAGGAGGGGUGGCGUCAGAAGCCUUGGUGUCUAUCAUAUCAGGACGAAGCUCCUCGCCCUGGCUGGGGAGGCGUACAAGCCCGGCCAACUCCUCUGGGGACUCCGCCAUUGCCAGCUGCCAUGAGGGUAGUGGCAGUACAUACGGGAAAGAGGACCAGGAGCCCCCCAAGAGCCACGAGAGCCAGGAGGACGGUGGUCACGACUCCCAGCCCGCCUGGCCACACAACUACCGCCCUGUCAAAGAGGAACAAGUCUCACCCUCCUCAGUUUCUCACCCCCGGGAUGGGCCCAAUGUGGGUGCAGGGACACAGGGGGAUCAGGGGGGAGGAGGUGAAGGGCCGUGGCAGCCCUCUGGGUCUGGGCGGAGGAAGAACAGGAAGAACAAGGACACGGUCAGACACAUUACCCAGCAGGCCGAGGGGGACCGAGACAGCAGGCCGGGGUCGCCGCUGCCCUCCAUGAUGGGCGUGACGGGGUGGAGCUACAAUGGAAAAGACAUCCCAGGUGCAGAUGUGACGGAGCCCAACAGCUCAGACAGUCGCGGAGAACGUCUCGACUUCUUCCUCAAACAGGAAGAGUCUCUGGCAGCGAGCGAGGCCAACUUCCUGGGUGCCAGCGAAUCAGAUGAGGCCGGAGGUGGAACCGGGGGCAGGACUACCCCAUUGGUAGCCAAUCUGAGGGCAGCGUUGAUGAGCAAAAACAGCCUGCUGUCGCUACGGGCUGAGAUGCUGGGAGACGAUAACCCUCUAUUGUUUGAAUACCUGCCCAAAGGAGGGCACUCCCUCUCACUGAAUGACUUCACAGUGAUCCGUAAGAAGUUUAAGUGCCCCUACUGUAGUUUCUCUGCCAUGCACCAGUGCAUCCUGAAGAGGCACAUGCGCUCCCACACGGGCGAGAGGCCCUACCCCUGUGAGAUCUGUGGCAAGAAGUUCACCAGGAGGGAGCACAUGAAGAGACACACACUGGUCCACAGUAAGGAUAAGAAGUAUGUGUGUAAGGUCUGCAGCCGGGUCUUCAUGUCGGCGGCCAGUGUCGGAAUCAAACACGGCUCCCGUCGCCACGGCGUCUGCGUUGACUGUUCCGGGCGGGGCAUGGCCGCGUUAUUGGACCACAACGGAGAAGUGGGCGGAGAGCUCUCCCCUGAGGACGAGCCGUAUCCCGGCGACCACCGUUUCCCUGAUGACCAGACCGAGUGCGACGGCGACGGAGAGGAAGAGAUGAUGACGGAAGGGGAUGGAGAGAUAAUAGGAGAGGCGGAUGACAAGGGAAGGAAGUGGAAGGAUGACUCAGGGAGGAUGACGGCGGGAGACGGGGCGAUGGACAAUGACAAGGAGGAGAGCAAUGACUCUGUGCCAGAGCGGGUGCAGCACAAUGGGAGCGAGAAGGAUUUCGGCUGGAUCUCUUAGGAUCCCAUGGGAUCAUUUAGGAUCUAUUGUGGAUCUGUUGGAAUGCCUCAGGCAGAGACACUUCUCUUUACCCAUGUUCAUGGGCAGGCCUUCCUCUGAGUGGGGUAUGUGGGCGAUACAUGACAAUGAUCUAAAUUGACAGGUGCCACACACACAAGCUGAGCCCUGUGCUGAUGAUUGCCAUGGAGAGCGAUUGAGAGAAGAGAGUCUCUUUCUGUUCACCACCUUUCUUUCCUCUUUAGUUUCUUUUUUCUUUUCUUGUUUCUGAUGAGGACCAGACCAGAGUCUGUCCAUUGGUUUAGAUGUCCACCUAUGUCACACUGGGACCAAUGAGGACUUAUUAAACGGUCUUGGGUGAUGUUGGACUGUGGCGAAUUUGUGGUCACAGUCGCCACGGACAUGACGGAUUGUUAACGGUUUGGAAAAAUGCCACGGUGGUGUCUUGUUGCCAUGCAGUCCUAUUUGGGGACAGUCUAUACAUUUUUGGGGACAAUCUUUUAUCUAUUGCAAAGAUGCACGCGUCGGUCAUCGGAGUGAAACUGCCACAGACUUGCACUUUAAACGUUGACUAGAAUCCUGUCAAUGCCCACAAACCGUGGUUUACAUUUUCAAUCUGAUUUUAACCACACAACUCGGUGACCGCACCUACCUUUAAGGAUAUAUUGUAUGUCCUCAUGACUGUUAUAUAUAUAUACAUGGAUAUUAGUAUGCUUAUGUAGUAGUUUGCUGAUUAUAUAGCCUAUGCCUUUCAAUGGGUUCUUUUUCCUCCACUUUUUCUUGCGUUUUUGUCGAGCUGUGGUGAGAACGAUGAAAGGUUGAGCAAAUGUACAUGCCAACAAGCCACGGGAAUUGUAGUAGAUCGAAGGAGAGUUGACGACAGGGAGUAUUAGAGAGUGAACACUAUGCAGGAACAUAACCCAUCACUCCAGAGGUAAGUGCUCUCUACUUUCAGAGAGAGGAUAUCAACGUUUUUAGGGUCGCGUCCACAGUUUAACAGAUGUUCCAGCGGUGCAGCGAAAUGCCUCUGUUACCGGCUCCUAAUCAACGUAGUGUCUAGAUCUCCACUUCAGAUAUUUACUCCCAGAAUGAGAGAGGUUGUCUUGUCUGAGGAAAGGUGACGAAAUGCUUAUUUGUGUACCGUUUGUGUACCGUUUGCCUUUGUUCUGUCCUUCCAUCUCACGUUGUGUCUCUGUGCAGACUCUUUAGAACCUUUUUGUUCAGUGAUCAUUUGUAUAUUUCACCAUCGACACAGAAUAUGCACACUUUUACAUCUUAGCGGACCUUAAAUGACGGUUCAAUCUUUCAUUUUGGUGAGGACAUUUUAUUUCGGUUUGUAUUUGUAAAGAAAAGGUCAGGCUUGAGUCCAUCCGGAGAGGAUGCCUGUUCUGCUGAGUGCUUUUGUGACGCUUUCUUUUGUUUGAAAAUGUUAUUUAUUCAAAAUCCAUGUUUUUUUUUUUGUAGUGGAAUUAUUAUACUAUAAAAGCAUUCCCUCCACUCUGUCUCAUGCCUUCUGUGGGCGCGGUGUGUGGGUGUGUUCGUGUGUGCGCACGCACGUGAGAUGUGUUUUGAUUUUCUUCCGGUUAUUUCCUGCUAUUUGACCAUUUGGAGUCUUAUUACGAUGAGCAGAAGUAUGAUUAUUGUUGUUAUGGGUUACAUUAUUAACUUUAUGAUUAUUAAGUGCUGGAUGCGAAGCAUUAUUCUGCGUUUCUUUUUGAUAUUUUAUAUCUUGUAUAAGGAAAGCUUUUAUAUUUGGCCUUGUUGUGGACAGCAAGCCAUUAGGCUUUUCAGAUGACUUAUGUUGUGCCAGUUCUCUGCUUUUCUGUUGUGCUUGGUUUUUACAGAGAAAAGACACAUUAGAGGAACUUAUUCUAAGUUAGAUAUGGAUCAGAACUUACUGUGUGUAUGGUAUGGCACGUGCUUCUAUAUUACUAACAUACACUAAUUCAUUAACAUUAUACCAAAAACAAUCUAAUACAUUGUAUCAAGUGCUUUUGUUUCAACCGUGCGUGUGCAGGUGCAAAUAUUUUCAAUUUAUUGUGGUCUAAUCAUUUUGUUUGGAUGUAGUUAUUUCGUUUAUUUUGUAAUAUUCUUCAGUUUGUAUACAUAUGGUAUAAUUGUAUAUGAAGAGCCUUGUGCCCUGCUAGUCUAGACCUGCUGGAGAUUGCAUCUUUAACCCCUCUUUUCUUUAUUUGGCCUUGUUGCCCUGGUUUCCAAAGGCGUGUUCUACUGCAUAUCCUGAAACAUAAACCCGAUUCCAAAUCCACCCCUGGCCCCAACCCCUGUAUACUUUUUGUAGGUCUGAAAUGAUCGUACUGGUGUAAAUAUGAUAUAUUUCAACUUGGCCUAUCAAAGGGCAAGGUCCUUCCAGACCUACAAGACAUGUUUUGGACUGCCUGGGCGCUACACGGGAAAGGAACCGAGUGGGCCACAAUGUUGGCUCUGGGAACUGUAGUUGGUUUGCCGGAGGUGGUUGCAAGCACACCAUCUGCCACACUUCAAUUUCCAUCUGUCCCAAUUCUAAACACUGUAUCCAACGAACACCCCUCCGCUGUAUGUUUUGAUUUCACUGAUUGGAAAUGCCUUCUCCAUGUGCGGUGACUAGCUGUAUUUAAGUUGCAUCCUUUUCAUUUGACCCAUCCAUCGGCAAUCUCGAAUCUGUUUUCAGAACGAAAACAAGUGACGUUUGGGUGGAUAUGUUGAACGUUAAUGGCUGAAUAUAACGGGAUUGUCGAGAAGUGCAGUGUAGUCGGAAAGUAGUGCAGUAUCCGUGAUAUUCCUCUGUCACCCACACAGAUAUUUCCCCCCACUUUAGUUCUCUUCUCAUCAUCACCUGCCUGUGUCUUCUUCCUUGUCUUGGGUUGUAAUUCAGGAAAUAUUUGCCAUCCAAUCCCCUCAACAAUGUGCCUCGAUCUGUUUUACCGGUGUGUGCGUGGGUGUGCCUGCGUGGGUGUGUGUGUGUGUGUUUCAAGAGAAACGGAAAUCAUAUAUUUUAUCUCAAUCACAGGUGCAAAUAGUUGAGACAAAAAAAAAAUGCAGCUAUAUGUUUGUUUCUGACUGUGUUUAUUAAUCGUUUGUGCCCUGGUUUUAUGGUCUUAACUGCACGUCUCUGUUCAUUUGGCGUACCAAAGUCUCUCACAUCCGCACACACCAUGAACAACGAACUGCUUGCUUUUCAGAAGAUGAAUAUGGCAAUUCCCUUCUUAGAUGUGUACAAAACUGAAAUCCUGAUUUAGCCUGUAUAGCUUGAUUCAUAUGUGCAAAUCACAAAGCCAUAGACAUGGUUAUAUGUAGAGUAUACUAUAUUUCAAAAUUCUUACUUUUUAUUUUAGACUCUGUUCUUUACUAAGAGUGAUGUGUUCAUAUAUAUAUAUAUAUAUAUAUAUAUAUAAAUAUAUAUAUAUAUAAAUUGAUAUUACUAUUAUAUAUUAUUUAUUUUCUCUCCCGUUUCGCGAGGUGUCUUUCAUUUGUAAAGUGAGAUGCUGGAAACUUUACGGUUCUUUGUUGGGAAUAUUGUUCAAUAUGACACUGACUUUAUAUCGAUUAUCAUAAACCUGUGUUUGUAACGAAGAUGUGUUUGAAUAAUCAAAACUUUGUUCUGUUUGGGGAGGAUUAAAGUGGGACGAUUUUCUGUGUAGUACUGAUCCCUUUUUCCGUUUUUAUAGCCAAACAUGACCUUCCCUGCCGUCCUGUUGUGAGGGCUAGCCUAAAGGGCUAACCCAGGCCUCUAUCUAACUUCAUGUUUAGUGGAAUUAGCUUGACUAUUAUUUGCGAAACAAAUCAGUCUCAAUAAAUUUGGAAAUUGCUGCUGAAAAGAA